AUGGCAGUGGAAAAGAGAUUGGCAUUCUCAAUAGUGCAGUUCCUCAGAGAUCAAACACACAGUGGCUUGCUGAAUUCAGAUGAACAGGAAAGCCUCGAGGUUGCCAUACAAUGUUUGGAGACCACUUUCAAGAUCACUUCCAGUGACUGUCAUCUUGCAGCUCCUCAGCCGUUAACAGAGAUAUUCCUUAACUCUCUUCUAAAGAAUGAUAGGCCUAAUGUAACCUUGCCAGAGUCUUCUCCAUCUCCAGAAGACAUAGAACGAGCAGAGCAGCUAAAAAACGAAGGGAACAAUCAUAUGAAGGAGGAGAAUUACAGCUGUGCUGUAGACUGCUAUUCAAAAGCCAUUGAUCUGGACCAAAGGAAUGCUGUCUACUACUGCAACAGGGCUGCAGCACAUAGUAAACUAGGUAACUACACAGAGGCCACAAGUGAUUGUGAACGGGCAAUAGCCAUUGACCCCACAUACAGUAAGGCCUAUGGAAGAAUGGGAUUGGCUUUAACCUCUAUGAGUAAGUAUCCAGAUGCGAUAUCAUACUUUAAGAAGGCACUCGUUCUAGAUCCAGAGAAUGAAACCUACAAAUCCAACCUGAAAAUUGCUGAGCAGAAGCAAAAAGAAGCAGCCAGCCCCACAGCCACCGGCCUUGGCUUUGACAUGGCCAGUCUCAUCAAUAACCCUGCCUUCAUUAGCAUGGCAGCCAGUGUGAUGCAGAACCAACAGGUGCAACAACUCAUGUCAGGAAUGAUGUCUAAUGCAGUCGGCGGACCGGCAGCAGGAGUGGGAGGACUGUCAGACAUAUCCAGCCUGAUUGAAGCUGGUCAGCAGUUCGCCCAGCAGAUCCAGCAGCAGAAUCCAGAGCUGAUAGAGCAGCUGAGGAACCACAUCCGUAGCCGCUCUUUCAGCGGCAGUGCAGAGGAGCACUCAUGAUCCACACAGGUCUGUGAGAUUAGUCGCGUGGGAGGUGGAGGAGGUGAAUGCAGUCUGUACACCCAUUCUCUCUAAGUCUGACCACUGGCUGAAUUGGAG